AUGGUCAGCCUCAUCGUCAUGUCCCCCCUCGUGUCGCUGCCGUUUCUUGGGCACCCACUUUCUUCGACCCUCGUAUAUAUUUGGUCCCGAAAGAACCCGGAAAUACAGCUCAACUUUCUCGGCCUUCUAAACUUCACCGCCCCGUACUUGCCGUGGGUGCUUAUGGGGUUCAGCCUCAUUGUCAACGGCAAUGUCCCCAAGGACGAGAUCAUGGGUGUUGUCAUCGGACACAUCUGGUAUUUUUUUACUGAAGUAUACCCUCCCCUUCACAACGGAUCGAGACCGCUGGAUCCUCCGGGGUGGUGGCGCAGGCUCUUUGAGGGUAGGCCUGCGCGCCCCUCGACCGACGACGUUGACGAAAUGAUCCACGCUGGGAUCCGCGAGGCCGCAGUCGUCCCCGAAGCUCGCUAG